UCUAUGCCUGGCCCAAUAAAAGACGGGAUUCGUCACGGUUUAUGCGACGGAAACUUUCAAUUGAAAUGCACUGUGCGGAGUAAACAAAUCCAUUCUCCACAUUUGUUUUGUUCAAACACUUAACUUUAUUCUCCCUUCUGUCUGGUUGUUACACAAUAUGGCCGGGAAAUAUGUUGAUAUUUGUCGUGUUUGUUUUAAACCGUACAGCAGUAAGAAAAACAGACAACUUAUUGCAAUGUAAAUCGUGUUUCGAUGAGACCUGACUACACCGUGGCUUUGGAAGCAAUUAUUGGUCCGAUCAAGAUGUGUGAUGAGUUUUCAAAAUCUGUCUGUAGCUCCUGUCGCAAUAUUUUUCUGAAAUAUAAAAGUGCCCAUGACGUGGAAAGGAUUGGGUGUUUUGUGAGGGAAAUAACUAUUUCUAAAGUUAACAAAGCAACAGAUACCCAUUCGGCAUUGAAAGACAUUCGACCCAUAGCACUUGUUUUUGGUGCUUCAUGGGCUAUGGGUGACCAAGAAAUACAACCGCUACAAGCACCUGUAUUUGGGGCUUCAUUGGCUGUAGGUGACCAAGAAAUCAAACCGCUACAAGCGCCUGUAUUUGGGGCAUCAUCAGGUGUUACAGACCAAGGAAUUGAACUACCACACGAACCAGCAGACGAGUCAGCUGAAGUUGAGAAGAACGAAAGCCAUCACAGCAGUAUAGUAAAAAUUUCCGUUACAACUGCUUCGGGUAUAAAGUCACGGAUACUAAGAGGCCCUUUGGAAAGAAUCGGUAUUUGCCUUCAAAAUAAUCAGCCCCAAGCAAUACCAAAGCAUUUAAUGCAAAUUCCAGGUUUGUCAGAAAUCAUGACAAAGCAAGUACUGAAUAUUGUGUCUUGGGAGUGCAAUAGGUUGACCGGUACAAAGGUGGACUCAAUACUACGACACAUCAGUCCCUCUGCACUGGAAGCCCUUAACUGGAAUAAAGUUUUGAAUGCGUGGAGACAGUCGGCUGGGUGCUAGCAAAUACUGUGGCUGCUGGCGCUAUAGGAACAUGGAGUAAACACACAGACAGGAAGACCCAGUUCACAGUGGCCAUGGGCGGGGCCACCCUUCUAAGGGGCAUGCUCAAAAUGCAUGUGCACGUCGAUGUUUUGCAACGCGCUUCUCUUGCAUCGUGGUAGGGCCAAAAAGAGAUGCUUUAACAGGCUGUCCAGUCUUGGUGUCUGUGUCCAUGAAGAGCACGACCAUCAAACUGACACAAAGGGGCGAAUCCUGGGAUGAGAAAUGCCUCAAGUUUUUCCAGAAUUGCAGAAGAUGGGCAAGUCGGACCCCUAUCCUGAGCUGAAAUGGAGUUUGCCGAGGGGCAUGCAGAGUCAAGUGAGGGACAGAGAGGACAAACAUGCAGCGUCUGUGCUGCAUGUAAAAAACAUGGAGGACCUGGAUGCUGAUUCAACAGUAGACUUUGGGUUGAAUAUGACCUGCGAGAGUGAUUAGAGUAACAGUACUUCUGUGCUGUUUCACAUGGAUUGUAGGUAGUUGGGUUUUUUCGCCUGGUAUGUGUCUUGUUUCGUUAAUAUUAUUAAUUAUUGCUGAUCUGUGCAAAAUAUACAUCUCAUAUUCAUCCUGAAGAUGCAGUCUUAUACCACUGUUUGCAGAAGUGGCGCUGUAGAGCUGAAAAAUAUCCCUGAAAAUUGUGUACAAUGACAUGUGCCAAUUUGUGCCCCAUGUGAUCAAAUCCACUCGCUUUCAAGUAUGAUUGUGAUUCUAGUUAUAGAUUAUGGACAUAAAAAUAACGAAUUACAAAUCGAGCUCAAAAGGGGACUUAGAAAACUAAAUAAUUAACAAAAUUAUUUUGUUAAUUGCAACAGUCCCUGACUACAUCCUUAAGCACAUACAGUCACAGACAAUAGUUUAAUGAAGUAGCAUAAUAAAGAAUAAGGUAUUGCAAAAAAAGGUGUAUCCACAAUGCAUAUGCAAGCUUUAGCUGUGUUUGUGAGUGUCAAAAUAUCAUCAGACAACUACUGAAUGACUUAUCUACUGUUCAUCAUACAACAUAAGAAUGUAUUACAUUGUCAGUCAGUCUGGAUUGACUGUUGAUAUGUUGCUGUUUUGAUCCUCUCGAUCAGGAUUUUUAUUUAGGAUUUAUUUAGACACUGUAUGCUCAAAUUAAGAAGCUCACUAACAGGGACAUAAAGAAAUGUGUGCAAAGCAUUUGAGAAAAAAUAUAUUUUCUGCAUAUGGAAAAUGUCUGGGAUCUUUUGUUUUAGCUAUAAACUUUAUGUGAAACCAUUUAAUGUAAUCCACAGGGGGGAGCCAGCACAAAGGACAACUUUGCCAGUUUAAAAUAAUGGUAACUUUGAAAUGUAUCCUUAAGUACGACCGACCGCAUUGUGUUAGACGAUUUUUGGCAACAAAAAACCCCGCACAGAGAUUAUGUUCCCCGUAACUGUAACAAACUGACCUUGUUUUGUUUACCUCAAGCUUUCAUAUGCAUGUGCAAAACCGUUACAUGCCAACCAAUCAGGUGACCGAUGGUCGGAAAUCUGAUCAUGUGACCAAGGCAAGCAUGGAGGCGUUGGCAUGUAGAGGCGUCAUUCGUUCAUUACACUGUCAAGGCACAUUGCUGGUAACGGAUUUCACAAUAAACAGACAAGUCAACAGACGCCGGUCAUACACUCAGAAUUUAUUUUCUCACAUCGUAGUGAAAUGAGGGCAACAUGGGUGCCAAGGAGUCAAGGAUAGGCUUCCUUUCGUAUGACGAGGCCGUGAAAAGAGUAACGGAUGUGGAGUUGAAGAGACUGAAGGAUGCUUUCAAAAGGACGAGUGGCCUGUCCAGCUACAUUACCCAACAGGGCUUCUACAGAGAAGUACUGGGAGAUGGGGUUCCCCCGAAGGUCGCAGAGGUGAUCUACGCCUCCUUUGGGGGCACCUCUAAAGGACUGCACUUCAACAACCUCAUCAUUGGCCUGGUACUGCUGACCCGAGGACGAGAUGAGGAGAAGGCAAAAUACCUCUUCAGCCUGUUUGCCACUGAGUCAGGGGGCUAUGUUUCGCGGGACGACAUGGAGGCGGUGCUACGUGCCGUGGAUGGGGAAGUCCCGCCCUCUCUCACGAGGUGCUUCAGUGAGGGGGAGAAGGUCAACUAUGAGCGUUUUAAGAACUGGCUCCUUCAGAACAAGGAGGCGUUCACAUUCUCCCGUUGGCUGCUCUCCGGGGGCGUGUCUGUGACCUUGACAGAUGACAGUGACACUCCCACCUUCUACCAGACUCUGGCAGGAGUUACACACUUAGAAGAGUCUGAUAUCAUUGACUUGGAGAAACGCUACUGGCUGCUGAAGGCUCAGUCCAGGACUGGACGCUUUGACCUGGAAACAUUCCUCCCACUGGUGUCUCCGCCCAUCCACCACUCGCUAAGUGAAGGCUUGUUCCACGCCUUUGAUGAGAACCGGGACAAGCACAUAGACUUUAAGGAGAUCUCCUGUGGCUUGUCAGCCUGUUGCCGGGGGCCGGUUGCCGAGAGGCAGAAAUUUUGUUUCAAAGUGUUUGAUUUGGACCGGGAUGGGGUUCUGUCUCGUGAUGAGAUCCAUGCGAUGGUGGUCGCUCUUCUGGAGGUGUGGAAGGACAAUCGUACGGACUCACUCCCGGAAUUCCAAGCACAACUGCCAGACAUAGUGGACGGAAUCCUGAGUAUGCAUGACACAACAAAGCUAGGUCACCUGACCCUGGAAGAUUAUCAGAUCUGGAGUGUGAAGAGUGCUCUGGCUAACGAGUUCCUCAACCUGCUCUUCCAGGUCUGUCACAUUGUCCUGGGACUGCGACCCGCCAGUCCUGAAGAGGAGGGACAGAUCAUCAGGGGGUGGCUUGAAAGAGAGAGCAGACAUGGACUCCAGCCAGGUCAGACAUGGUUUCUCAUCUCCAUGCAGUGGUGGACCCAGUGGAAAGACUACGUCAGAUAUGAUCUCAAGCCCAUCGUGGUGGAGCAGCCCUCCAGCCUGCCCUCUCUACGGAACCCCCAGGCUACUGCCACUGUCCGGCCUGCCCCGCCUGAACCAGGGGUAGUGGGAGGACAGAGGGUCCCCUGCUCGGCCAGUCCCUCAGAGGAGAGGUCCACUGACUCGGGGUCCGGUGCCCCCGAAGCGUCCAGGACCCUGAGCACCGUGGUGGCCCUCCAGGCCGGCCCGUCGGCCACAGAGAUCUGUUUUGUCCGGCAACCCAGCGCGUCAGAUGGCCAGAGUUUCUCCGGGGCCAACGGCCACAUCCCGUCCCAAUCCCUGUCCCAGACCCAGCUGUCCCAGACCCAGCUGUCCCAGACCCAGCUGUCCCAGACCCAGCUGUCCCAGACCCAGCUGUCCGAGACCCAGCUGACCAUUCAGAGGCCUGGAGCCAUUGACAACCAGCCCCUGGUCAACAUGGAUCCCAUGAAGGCCCCCACCUUGACCAUGGAGGGAGGCCGGCUGAAGAGGUCCGCACAGCUGGUGGCGGGACACGAUUUUGAGACGGUGCCAGAACCUGUGUGGAGGGCUCUGUACCACUGGUACGGAGCCAACCUCAGCCUGCCGCGACCGGUAAUCCAGCAGACUAAAACAGGCCAUGCGGAGCUGGAGCUCUACCCCCGUUACCUCCUCUUCCUGCGGCAACAGCCGGCCACGCGCACCCCCCAGUCCAACAUCUGGGUUAACAUGGGUAUGACCAGCCUGAGAAUGUUCCCCCAGCACCUCCCCAGAGGUAACAUGCCCUCCCCCAACGCCCCCCUGAGGCGGGUCCUGGCCUAUACGGGCUGUUUCAGUCGGAUGGGGACCAUAAAGGACAUCCACACGUACCUGUCCCAGAGACUACGCAUCAAGGACGAGGACAUGAGGCUGUGGCUCUACAACAACGAGAAUUUCCUGACCCUCCUGGAUGAUGAGGAGCACACUCUGGAGGGCCUGAAGAUUCAGGACGAGCAGCACUUAGUCAUCGAGGUCCGGAACAAAGACAUGAGCUGGCCGGAAGAGAUGUCAUUCAUCGCUAACAGCAGUAAAAUGGACCAGCACAAAGUUCCCACAGAGAAGGGGGCGACUGGCCUGAGUAACCUAGGAAACACGUGCUUCAUGAACUCCAGUAUUCAGUGUGUGAGCAACACCAAACCUCUCUCCGACUACUUCAUCUCAGGGAGACACCUCUACGAGCUCAACAGGACCAAUCCCAUCGGUAUGAGAGGUCACAUGGCCAAGUGCUACGGCGACCUGGUUAUGGAGUUGUGGAGCGGGACCCAGAAGAGCGUCGCCCCCCUCAAACUCAGGUGGACGAUAGCGAAGUAUGCCCCCCGGUUCAACGGCUUUCAGCAGCAGGACUCCCAGGAGCUCCUGGCCUUCCUAUUGGACGGCCUCCACGAGGACCUGAACAGGGUGCAUGAGAAGCCCUACGUAGAGCUGAAGGACAGUAACGGACGACCUGACUGGGAGGUCGCCUCAGAGGCUUGGGAGAACCAUUUGCGGAGAAACCGCUCCAUCGUGGUGGACUUGUUCCAUGGCCAACUCAAGUCCCAGGUAAAGUGCAAGACCUGUGGCCACAUCAGCGCCCGCUUCGACCCCUUCAACUUCCUGUCCCUGCCCCUUCCCAUGGACAGCUCCAUGCACCUGGAGAUCACUGUCAUCAAGCUGGAUGGGUCCACCCCGGUGCGGUUUGGCCUCAGGCUCAACAUGGAUGAAACCUACACCGGUCUGAAGAAACAGCUCAGUGAACUGUGUGGUCUGAAACCUGAACAGAUUCUACUAGCGGAAGUCCACACCUCCAAUAUCAAGAAUUUUCCUCAGGACAACCAGAAGGUGCGGAUGACGGCCAAUGGCUUCCUGUGUGCAUUUGAGAUCCCUGUGCCUGGUUCACCCUCCUCCCUCACCACCCCCACUCAGACAGACACCAUCCCUGUGCCCAUGGCUAAUGGGGUGGGCGUGGCAGCUAAUGGGUUCCCAGCAGAUAAGCCUGCUCUGAUCCCCAACGGCCCGGCCAGUGCCGUGGUGCCCUGCGGUGAGGCCCUGGAGACGGCCCCGCCCAACGGAGGAGUCUGGCCGGCUAAUGGACAAGUGUUCCCCAACCAGGACAGCCCCUUCAUUGGGUACAUCAUCGCCAUGCACCGGAAGAUGAUGCGGACAGAGCUGUACUUCCUGUCCAGUCAGAAGAACCGUGCCAGUCUGUUUGGGAUGCCCCUGAUCGUGCCCUGUACUGUCCACACCAGGAACAAGGACCUGUACGAUGCCGUCUGGGUGCAGGUGUCCCGUCUGGCCAGCCCUCUGCCCCCCCAGGAGGCCAGCAACCACGCACAGGAUUGUGACGACAGCAUGGGCUACCAGUAUCCAUUCACAUUGCGGGUGGUGGCCAAGGAUGGAAACUCCUGUGCCUGGUGUCCUUGGUACAGGUUCUGCCGGGGUUGCGCGGUUGAAUGUACCGAGGACAGGGCCUCAGUGGAGAACACCUACAUCGCCGUCGACUGGGAUCCCACAGCCCUGCACCUCCGCUAUCAGACCUCACAGGAGAAGGUCGUGGAGGAGCACAGCAGUGUCCAGCAGAGUCGCAGGGCCCAGGCGGAGCCCAUCAGUCUGGACAGCUGCCUGAAGGCCUUCACCAGCGAGGAGGAGCUGGGGGAGAACGAGCUGUACUACUGCUCCAAGUGCAAGACCCACCGCUUGGCCACCAAGAAACUGGACCUCUGGAGGCUGCCGCCCAUCCUGAUCGUCCACCUGAAGCGGUUCCAGUUUGUGAACGGCCGCUGGAUCAAGUCCCAGAAGAUCGUCAAGUUUCCCAGGGAGGGUUUUGACCCGAGCAUUUACCUGGCUCCCCGGGAGGCGGAGCUUCACUGCCUUCAGAGCCGUAGUGAGGGGGAGGAGCUACUGAGUAUAGGGGGAGGAGAGACCGUCUCUUCUGUCUCCGCCCCUGCUGGCUUCCUCAACGUCGUCAAAGCAUCUCCGGCCUCGGGCAGGAAGUCAGCCCCUCCGCCAUAUGUCAGUCGAAACGCCAGCCCUUCCGGUAGCCCCAAGGCAGGAGGAGGGUCGGGGGGGUUGGGCCGUAGACAGCCCCGCCUUCGCCUUCCCCAGCUGGGCAGCCGCCACCGCCUCUCCAACAGCAAGGAGAACCUGGAGGGUGUCACCAGGGACGGCGGAGCCGAACCCAGGGAGGGGGAGUCGCAGGCACACACAGACAGGCUACCGGGGACGGGGGGGUCCAGUGGGGGGGCGCCGGGGAGCGGGACGGAUACGUUGACUACAGAAGCCUCCAGCAGCCUCAGUGAUGUCAUUGUGAUGAACGGGAACAGUGACGGCUUGGAGCCCAGCACGGACCCAGAGACCCCCAGCGCCCUGACCCAGGGAGACCACAGCCUGGAGAAUAUCUACAACUUAUAUGCAAUUUCAUGCCAUUCCGGUAUAAUGGGAGGAGGUCAUUAUGUGACCUAUGCCAAAAACCCCAAUGACAAGUGGUACUGUUACAAUGACAGCAGUUGUAAGGAGGUGCACUCGGAAGAGAUUGACACAGAGUCGGCCUACAUCCUGUUCUAUGAACAACAGGGGGUGGACUAUUCCCAGUUCCUUCCAAAGACCGACGGCAAGAAGAUGGCCGACACCACCAGUAUGGACGACGACUUUGAGUCCGACUACAAGAAGUACUGCGUCCUACAGUGAUCCUAAUUGGGCCCUGUUCCCUACCUGGUACAGUACCUUUGACCAGGACCCCAUAGGGAUGGAUGGAGCCAUGGGGCACUGAUCAAAAGUAGUAUACUAUAUAGGGAAUAGGACGCUAUUUCAGAUGUGGCCACAGUCUUCCACCCAUCUCUCAUACAAUGCCUGUGUCUCCGGACAAACGAAUCCAGUCGAGCCGCCUGGGGGCAAGACACAACGCUUCGCCCCCCCAGUGGUCACUGGGAAGCACAACAGUGUCGCCGGACCGAGUCGUCGUGCGCCGGGACACUCAGACGGCAUGGCGUCUGUCGUGUCUUCGGAGGGCGGCGCCCGUCCUGUCGUUCUGAAUGGCUCGUUUCAGCUUUAAGCAUAGAGAGCCAUCGUCCGGGACGCCGAGAGAACAAUAUUCAAGCCUGGUUUGAGGCACUGAACCGGCGCACUCUGAGCUACACGUGGAACCUCCAGAAACAGACACUUUGAUGUGUUGGAUCAUCAGCUGAUGUAACCGGUUGUGCACUUUCCUCACCUGCAGCCGUCAGAAUAUGUGUACGCAGCUCCGUAACGUCUCGCUCUGUAACUCAGCGUGACGAUCAUCUAGACAUGACCGUGUGGUGGUUUUGAGUGUGGGUUUCUCCAAAAGUUUUGAUCUCUGUCCUCAGUAGUGAAACGCCUGUAGCAGAACUGGACUUGCUACUCAUAGUGCUACCUACCUCACUAGCAUGCUUUUAACUGGCCAAAUUGUAAUGGUUAAAUAUUUAGGGGAGUUCUCAAAGUAUUAUUUUCACUCGACGAAAAUGAUUUAUAUCCCUUAAUGAUAAAAGAGCCCAGCAAUUGAGGUGUUUCACUUAAAUUGUGCAAUCUCUGAAGUACCCAACACUGAUUGACUUCCGGGUUGUUUUAACUAGAUGGUGUUCAGGUGCCAUUGAGUAUGAUUCAAAGAGACGCUUUACGUUAGAAGUAUAUGUAUGUACAUAAAUAUUUUAAUUUAUUAUUUUCUCCAAAUACUUAUUUUAUAGAGAUUUAUUUUUAUCAUUGCGGUUAUUUUUUA